AUGUUAUUAGUGGCCUUGCGGGGUCAGCAAAAUGGCACACAGGCUUUGCCUACAGCACAGGCUCAGAAGGGGCAUGUUGAGUUCUUCUCGAGCUUUCCCCCAACCUGGCCCACCAUCUCCCCCCUCUCUCCAGGGCUCAGCCUCUUGUUGCUCUCCUUGCUCCUGGCUCGUGCUGGUGUUUGGGGAUUCCCGAGGCCGCCAGGGAGGCCCCCCCUGAGCCUGCAGGAGCUGCGGAGGGAGUUCAAGGUCAGCCUGCACCUCGCCAGGAAGCUGUUCUCCGAGGUUCGGACCCAGGCCCACCGCUUUGCUGAAUCUCACCUGCCAGGAGUGAGCCUGGACCUCCUGCCCCUGGGAGAUCAGCUCCCCAAUGUCUCCCUGACCUUCCAGGCCUGGCACAGCCUCUCUGACCCAGCACGACUCUGGUUCCUCUUCAUGACACUUCGCCCCUUCCAUGCCCUGUUGGGAAGCCUGGGGAGCCAGGGGGGCGGGACGAGCUCAGAGAAGAUAGAGCUAUGGACCAUGAGGUUGGACCUCCGGGAUUUGCAGCGGCAUCUCCACUUCCAGGUGCUGGCUGCGGGACUCAACCUCCCCGAGGAGGAAGAUGACGAGGAGAGGAAGGAGCCGCUCCCAGGGGCUCCGAGUGGCCUCUCACGGGUGUCAGGGCAGCCGUCCUGGCCCCAGCUCCUCUAUACCUACCAGCUGCUGCACUCCUUAGAGCUCGUCUUAGCUCGGGCCGUAAGGGACUUGCUCUUACUCUCCCAAGCUGGAAACCCAGCCCCGGCCUCGGGGUCCUCGUUCGGCUCCCGGCCCUGA